CAGGAUUUAUGUAAAAGAUUAGUAUCGCAAUUUCUCAGACGACAAGGUCAAAAAAGAAAUGCACAUCUAAUAGAGCUCACGACAUUAUAUAAAUUACAAAGCAGACACACUGUUUGAUUGAGCUCCAUUUCCUCUAAUCCGACAAGAAUGCAACUUAUGCAAAUAUAGAAUAUUCCCACGAUGCCUACUCUGGUGUCUCAUGUGCUUAAAUAUUUAUGUAAGUAAUUUUUACGCUGCCAUGUAGAUAGUCUAGAGCGGUUGAGGAAAAUGAUUCACUUACAAAAUUUGUGGGAAAAAAUAUGUAUACAUCUGUAAUUUACUUAUUUUACGCAGAAUGAGUUUCACUCUUGUCGAGGCUGGAUUAUAAAUAUUAAACUAGAUUUAUUCCGCAGUAAAUACUAACUAAUUUUGUCGAGAUGUGUCUCGCGGUGUUGAUUGUGUUAAUCUUGGUUGUGAACGGGUUUCCUUCUGAGGCACAAAACGAUGAUUUGGUCAUAAGUUGGGAACAGAAAUUGAAAUUGGACGAGCUUUGGACAUGUCCAUAUCUUAAACCAACGUUGUAGAGCGCUUGCUGACCAUGCGCAAUGGGAAUAAAAAUGGGAACGGUAAAAAGAUAUUAUGAACAAAUUGAACCAGUUAAGUACUUCUUUACGUAUUUAUGCCGAGCUCAGAAAUUACUGAAAUAUUUAAAACUAGAAUUAGAAAGUAUAUAUUUAUUUAGGAAAAUGGUUUUAAAUUUAAACUCUCCGCUUUGAAAUCAGGCAUAUGUUUUAGUUAAGGAAAACAAGCAUACAAUAAAACUAAAUAAUUAAUAAACAAUUUCCAGUUUAGGGAAAUCAUGGAACCCGAUCUGCCCCACGAGUACAUGAAGAAAGACAUUUACCUCAUCCAAUGGCUUCGAGUCCGAAAUUUUGAUAUUCCUGCGGCUCUUGGCAUGUUACGAGAGAAUCUGAUGUGGCGCAAGGAAAAAAGAAAUGGACACUUUACUGGACGAGGAUUGGACCGAAUUCAACAACCAGUAUCGCUUUAAUAUGGAUGGUUGCGAUGAUAAGGGAAACCCAAAUUUAGUCCUCUUCGUUGGUGAAUGGGACAUGCGCAGAGCUGCUAUUGCCGGCCAGUCGGACAAAUUGCGUCGCUACAUUGACAAAUGCUUUGAAGAAAUGUCCAUCAUGUUAAGAAAUAUGCAAGCUGAUGGGGCCAACGCUACGCGGAUAAAUUUAAUACUGGACAUGGCCUCGUUAAGUUUGCAAGUUCAAGCUUGUCCGCGGUGUAUUCCCUUCUACACUUAUCUCGUGCAAUCUUUGGGUGCCCAUUUCCCUAACUUGAUUUAUGUUGCGCUCGGAAUAAAUACUCCCGACAUAGCAGUCCCACUCUGGACAAAUGUAAUCAGACCCUUUGCACCUCCAGAAAUUGCGAGGAUUGUGGACGUCUAUGGGAGGAAGAAGAGUGACUGGCGGGAAGCCUUGAGGGCUAAGUAUGGCAUUGAUUGGAUAAAAUUGAGCCACGAAAUGGGCGGCGAUGGACCCGACCCUGUAGAUGCUAACGAACUCAGAAAGGCCAGAUAUUCCUUCAAGUGCCCAGAAGUUUGAAUGUACCGUCAAUAUUUCAAAGUGUUCAGAAAGUGUUUGGAUUGCCCCGAGGAUUUGGAUUUAGAAAUGUGGACUUAAAUAAAUACUAUGUGUUUAUGACAAUGGCUAAUUUUCAAGGGGAGAAAGUUUCGUGUGCUCAUGAAUUUGCUUCAUGCUUAGGCAGCAUGUUAAGAAUUUGAUUUACAUAUAUAUUUAUUUUAGAAAUAUUAAACACAAACUGAAACC